AUGACUAGGGUUUUCCCAAUACAUGAUCAUCACAUUCGUCAUUCGCGAACAUUGAUACAAAGCUUGAAACAUAUCGAUGAUGAUUCUAUUGCAACUUCCUUGGCCCUUUCUUGCCAAUCAAUGCAAGAGUUUCGCGCUGGGGGACUCUUCAUCAAUGGCGGUGGCAACAAUCACACAGCCUCUAUUUUCUCACUUCUAUUGUUAGAUCUCAUUCUUAUCAUCGUCGUCACUCGCAUUCUUCGCAUUCUUUUUAAGCCCCUCAAACAACCUGAACUGGGUGGUAUUAUUCUUGGACCUUCUGUUUUGGGACGCCAUGGAUGGUUUAAACGUAAUGUAAUGCCUGAAGCAGCUGAAUUCUUGGUGAACAAUCUUGGAAUAAUGGGAUUCAUGUUCUUUGUUUUCAUCUAUGGUGUAAAGUGUGACCCAAGCCUGUUGAAAAAAUCAGGGAAAAUGCAUUUGUACACGGCAUUAGUUGGUAUAAGCAUUCCCUCAAUGCUAACUUUUCUUGUGUCACUAUACAUGAGAAAAAACAUGGACAAAGAACUUUCUAGAAUAGCUUCACUAGGUGUAAUUUCAGCGUACUUUGGGAUCACAACAUUCCCUGUUGUCCAUAAUAUUUUGAAAGAGCUUAACCUUAUAAACUCACAUGUUGGGAGAAUGGCUUUGUCUAUGGCUUUAAUUGGUGAUGCAAUUGGUACAUGUUCAAUUGUAGUAUUUGAGGCUGGGAAACAUGGAGAAACAGGAACAAAGCAUGCAAUUUGGUACACAAUUUCUCUUGUACUGGUGCUAAUGUUCAUUAUGUUUUGUGUAAGGCCCAUGAUGAUGUGGAUUCAUAAGAACACCCCAGAAGGGCACCCAGUGGAACAAUCUUAUGUUGUUGUCAUUCUUUUGGGUGUUUUUGUGUUGGGCUUUGUGACAGAUAUGCUUGGGAUGGCAAUUGCUAAUGGGCCUUUGUGGUUGGGCCUUGUGAUCCCUGAUGGGCCUCCUUUAGGAGCAACAAUAGUGGAAAAGAGUAAGACUAUUAUGACUGAUUUUCUACUACCAUUCUCAUUCCUUAUGGUGGGAACUCAUACUGAUGUGUUUGCUAUGAGUGAGAUUGAUUGGUCUCAUUUAGAACCAUUGUUUUUCAUGGUUUUAACUGGCUACUUGACCAAAUUCUUUUCCACUUGGGUUGCUACAUUCUAUUGGCAGUUGCCAUUUAGAGAUGGACUUGCACUUAGCCUUAUGAUGAGCUUGAGAGGACAAGUUGAGCUCAUAAUGUUUGUCCAUUUCAUGGAUAAGAAGAUCAUAAAGAUACCAGGCUUCACAUUAUUAGUGCUUAUGACAGCAGUUCUAACUGCAACAUUCACUCCAUUGAUCUCCAUAGUGUAUGAUCCAACAAGGCCAUAUAUUGUGAACCAAAGAAGGAACAUUCAGCAUCACCUUCCAAACACUAAGCUUUCAAUGGUUCUAUGCAUUCAAGAUGAUGAAAGCAUAAAUGGUCUCAUCAAUGUUCUUGACAUAUCAAAUCCAAAUCCAAAUCGUCCCUUCAUAGUUCACACUGUUCGAUUAUUCGAGCUUGUUGGCCGUGCUAGCCCUCUAUUUAUAGACCAUGACAACCAAGAAAUGCCUUCCAAUUAUCAAUGGAUGCACAUUGUAAAUGUUCUAAGGCGCUAUCAAGAACUUAAAGGGAAAUUUGUGGAGCUAAAGUUUUUCACAGUUGUUUCGCUGAAGCAAAUGAUGUUCCAAGACAUUUGCUUGAUUGCUUUAGAAAAUGAAGCUUCUCUCAUCAUCUUACCUUUCAAGAAAACACAUGUUUCUAACAAGGGCAUGAUCCAUACUAUAAACUCUCAAGUGUUGAAUCAUGCACCUUGCUCUGUUGGUAUUCUUGUUGAUAAAGGAAGUAAUAAUCUUAUUGAAAUGAUGGCUGCAGCAAGAAAUAUUGCUGCUGCUCCUUCUUCCCUUCGUAGAUUCGGACGGCGAUAUGCUAUGCUAUUUCUCGGAGGAGCAGACGCAAGAGAGGCUCUUGUUUAUGCAGAUAUGAUAGCUGCAAACCAAGAUGCUUCUCUUACUGUGAUUCGAUUCUUGUCCGCAAACUAUGUAGGGGACAAAGAAAGGGAGAAGAAGCUAGAUGAUGGAAUUGUGACAUGGUUUUGGGUUAAGAAUGAGACAAACAACAGAGUGAGGUACAGAGAAGUGGUGGUUAAGAAUGGAGAAGAAACAAUUGCAAGUAUUCUAGCUAUGAAUAAUAAUGAUAAUGAUGGUGAUGAAGAUUAUGAUCUUUGGAUAGUUGGAAGAAAACAAGGGAUAAACCCUGUUCUUCUUACUGGGUUAUCAGAAUGGAGUGAGAGUGAAGAAUUAGGACUCAUAGGAGAUUAUAUUGCUUCUGAAGAUUUUCCAAGUUCUGGUUCUGUUUUAGUUAUACAUCAACAAAUUGUAAGAGGAUAA